AUGAAUGGCUUGCGAGAGGAGGAACAUCAACCGACAACGAACGGAUACCCAGUAUCUCCCUUGACAAAACAGUCACAAGCUAAUGGCUGUGAAAGAGAUGGUAUUGUUGAUGGUACUCCAAGAUGCGGAGGGUCUAUCAGUACUGAGGAGACAUGGCAGGAUGGGGGGACGCCGCCUAUCGGGCUGAGGACGGGGCCGGGGCCUUUAAACUAUCUGGAUGGUCCGUCAGCUCCGGAGUGCAAAAGGACUUUGAACCAGAGCCGACCCAGGCUUCAGGGCACAGAGUCUCCUCUCGGGAAAUAUAUUUUUGGGUAUCAUCCCCAUGGGAUCAUAUCCCACGGAGCGUUCGCAGCCUUUGCGACUGAAGCACUGGGGUUCUCCGAGCUAUUUCCAGGUAUCACCAAUUCGUUGCUCACCUUAGAUUCUAAUUUCCGGCUACCUUUCUAUCGCGACUAUGCUCUCGCUAUGGGCCUUGCUAGCGUCUCACGUGAAUCAUGCGAAAACCUGCUAUCAAAAGGCGGCGCAGAUGGCGAAGGCAUGGGGCGAGCAAUCACGAUUGUGGUAGGUGGUGCACGAGAGUCCCUGGAUGCCCAGCCGCACAUGAUUCGACUAUUUCUGAAACGACGAAAAGGGUUCAUCAAACUUGCCAUUCGCACAGGCGCAGAUCUUGUCCCGGUUUUGGCGUUUGGGGAAAAUGAAUUAUAUAAACAAGUUGCCUCCGAUCAACACCCUCUUAUCCAUAAAUUUCAACUUCUAGUCAAGCGUACAAUGGGAUUCACGAUCCCUCUUUUCCAUGCAAGGGGCGUUUUCAACUAUGAUGUCGGAUUAAUGCCGUAUCGAAGGCCGCUGAAUAUUGUUGUGGGCAAGCCAAUUCCAGUACUGCAACAACCACACAGGGAUAAGAUUGAGGACAAAUAUGUGGAUGAUUUGCAUGCUAGAUACGUCGCAAGUUUGCAAACAUUAUGGGAGGAAUGGAAAGAUACCUUUGCAACUGAGAGGCAAUCAGAAUUAGAGAUUAAUUGA